UCUCUCUCUUAUCCUGAUUGUAUAAUUUCUUUACUUAAUAUCUUUACCAUUUGUUUUCAAUCCCCAUUGAUUUCUGUUUCAGCUACGAUGUAUUUCUCAGAAAUCGCUUGCACUUACGCUGCUUUGCUCCUUCAUGAUGAUGGGAUUGCCGUCACUGCGGAGAAGAUCGCUACCGUUGUGAAAGCCGCGAAUGUGACGGUUGAAUCCUACUGGCCCAGCUUGUUUGCUAAGCUGGUGGAGAAGAGGAAUAUUGAAGAUCUCAUUAUGAAUGUGGGAUCCGGCGGUGGUGGUGCUCCCGUGGCUGUUGCUGCUCCUUCUGGAGGCGGUGGUGGUGCUGCCCAAGCUGCCGCUCCUGCAGCUGAGGAGAAGAAGGAAGAACCCAAGGAAGAGAGCGAUGAUGACAUGGGAUUCAGCUUGUUUGAUUAGGAGCUCCUUUCAGUAUGACAAACCUUUUUGCAAAUUUAGUAAUGCGGUGUCAUUUAGUAAUUUUUUUUAUGCUACCAUCACAUGUUUACUACAAAUUUCCCCAACGCUGAAGAAAAGAAAGUCACAUUAGUCGGAAAUUCUAAAACCUUUUAUUGUGCUGGAUUUGAUUGAUUCUGAGUAGUAUAGUUGUAGAUUUGGAAAAAAUCCAAUUGUUUUGUUGGUUUUA